UGGGGUCACGCUCGCCGCACUCCGGAAGCGCGGGCGCGGCCGACCCGUGCGAAGGCGCGCGCCAUGAAUCCCCUCCGCCCGCGCGCCGCGACCGCGCUCCGCUCCCCUUCCCUCGUCGCUCGGCUCCGCUCGGUGUUUAAGGAAGCUCUGAGGCUCUCUGAGACAGCUCCGCGGUCCGACCCCAACGAACUUGGGGUGCCGGCCGGCCGUACCACGGCAGCGGCAGCGGCGACUCCCCAAGAUAAAGAAGAGACCGUCGCCGGCUCCCCCUGCAAGCGGACCCGAGCCGCCGAGGAGGGCGACAUGCGGCGGCUCCGCUUUGUCCGGCUGUCGGAGCACGCCACGGCCCCGACCCGGGGGUCCGCGCGGGCCGCCGGCUACGACCUGUACAGUGCUUAUGAUUAUACCAUACCACCUAUGGAGAAAGCCCUGGUGAAGACGGACAUUCAGAUAGCUCUUCCUUCUGGGUGCUAUGGAAGAGUAGCUCCACGUUCUGGCUUGGCUGCAAAACACUUCAUCGAUGUAGGAGCUGGUGUCAUAGAUGAAGAUUAUAGAGGAAAUGUUGGUGUUAUAUUGUUCAAUUUUGGCAAAGAGAAGUUUGAAGUCAAAAAGGGUGAUCGAAUUGCCCAGCUCAUUUGUGAACGGAUUUUUUAUCCAGAAAUUGAAGAAGUUCAAGUCUUGGAUGAUACUGAAAGGGGUUCAGGAGGUUUUGGUUCUACUGGAAAGAAUUAAAAUUUGGGCCAAGAAUAGAAAAUGAGAAGCAUACUUUUUAUUAAAAAUAAUACAGGUUUUGCUUCAAGUGUUUUUGGUGUUUUGCACCAUUGUAAAUUUAAUGGAUUUAACUUGUAAAAAGUAGUUUAUUUUCUUAUGGUAGGAGGAAAAGGUACUUCUAUCAGGAUUAUGUGGGAACUUAUUUUGUGUGUUUUUCAAUUGAUGGUUGUAUGAAAAUCUACUUUGUGAAUACUUGAUGCAAAAGUUUUUAAAAAUCAGAUGUACAAUUUAAUUCAAUAAAGAAUAUUUCUUUGGUUCUGCUUUAA